CAAAAGCUCGGUCAUUGUGGACGAGCAGCACAAAGCGGUCAAAGGCAGCUGCAGCUUUCAGGCGUGGCGCUCAUUUCUUACCUGAACUGAUGAAAUAGCCGCUCUAUGGGAGGAGCAGAUAAACAAUAACUGACCGGUCUGUGUCUCUGAAAGUCGAGGGUGAAGAAAAACAUCAGUUUUACUGAGGAGGCUCUCUGACAGGUGCGUGCAGUGAGGUGUACUGUGGUACAGGGGAGACAGCAGGAGUGAGAGAAAGCCGAGCGGGUUGUUAAACAAUGAGGGAGGAAUGGACGCAGACCGCUGCUGCUGCUGCUGCUGCUGGAAGCGGAUCUCUGGGUCACUUUGAGUCCUAAACAUGAAGCGUCCGGCUCUGGCGAUGCUGACCGUGGCCUCCAUCCUGCACGGUGUGACAGCCUCCAGAUGUGCCGCGCGUGCCUGCAGCCCUCCAGUGGGUAACUUGGCCAGUGGCAGGACCCUCAGGACCCUCCACAUGCGCUCGUCCAACGACUCCUUCCCGGAGGAGCCCCAUCCCCCUGCCCUGAUGGUGGACGACCCCUUCCUACACCCCGAUACCUGGUGGGGCUCCGGGUCAGCAGCAGGGGGAGAGGACGAGAUCCGCUUGGACCUGGAGGCCCGUUUCUGCCUGACCCAUGUGGUGAUGGUGUUCCGCUCGCCCCGCCCAGCCGCCAUGAGCCUGGAGCGCUCGCGGGACUUCGGCCGCACCUGGGAGACGCUGAAGCUGUUCGCCGAAAACUGCAGCUCCGCGUUCGGGACGGCCGACGACGCGAGCCAGCAAGGGGCGAUCUGCACGUCCAGGUACUCCAGCGCCACGCCCUGCAACGGAGGAGAGGUUAUAUUCCGGUCGUUGGGUCAGGCCGGCAGGAUGGAUGACCCCUACAGCCCUGAAGCUUUGUCCUUACUGACCCUCACUAACCUGCGCAUACGCCUCCUGAAGCCUCACCACUGUCCCGCCUCGCCGGUCACCUCUAGAAGUCACCACAGUCCUCCACACCACACAAACAGCCAGAGGUUCUUCCCCACCGUCCCUGGUCAGUCACUGCACAGCCCCAUGCAACCGGCCCGAUCUGCCCCGUACGCCGUCUACUCACUCCUGGCCCGAGGAACCUGCCUGUGUCACGGCCACGCAGAGCACUGCCUGUCUGCUGGAGAAGGACGGGACACGCAGGACGACAGCACUGUGGUGCAGGGCAGGUGUGUUUGCACUCACCACACAGCAGGUGCUCACUGCGAGAGGUGCGCCCCGCUUUACAACGACCGGCCCUGGAGAGCAGCCAACGGCAGCAGCGGGGAGCCAAACCCCUGUCAGAAGUGUGAAUGUCACGGCCAUGCACAGAGCUGUCACUUCUCCGAGAGGGUGUGGCGCUCCACAGGGGGCGUCAGCGGAGGGGUCUGUGAUAACUGCCAGCACAACACGGUGGGCCGCAAAUGCCAGCGCUGUCGCCCGGGGUACCACCGCCAUCCAGCCAGACCACUAAACUCACCACAGGCCUGCACACGAUGCUGGUGUGACCCAGUUGGAUCCGUUCUAGCACUGACCAGCACAGAGGGACCCUGGUGCCACCCCAGAAGUGGGCAGUGCCACUGUAAGCCCGGGGUCGGGGGCACCAGCUGCAGUCACUGCCUUCCUAGACACUGGGGCUUUGGGCCAGACGGCUGCAGGCCCUGUGGGUGCCCUCUGACCUGUGACCAUAUCACAGGGCACUGUUUAGACAGCAAAGCCAAUAGCGAGUUUUACAAUGUUCCCAUCGGAGGUAAAAUCCCAGACCUGACCCACUUUCGGCCACAUGAGGAGGACAAGGUGUGGUCCAAAGAGCUCGCUGUCUCUGCUCUGUACUACACAGGGAAAUGCAGCUGCAAAGAGAGGAAGCUGAAGGGUGUGUCCGACCUGUGUAAGAUGAAACAUUCUUAUGUGAUGAAGGCCAGCGUGCUGUCGGCUCAUGAUAAAGGCACCCACGCGGUGGUGCAGGUGAAGGUGAGGAAGGUGCUGCGCUCGGGCCUCCUGCCUCUCUCUCAGGGCACACACAGUCUGUACCCGCUGUCCUGGACCAGCCGCGGCUGCACCUGCCCCGUCCUCAACCCAGGAGCUGACUACUUGCUGGCGGGCCCAGAGGACGUAGAAUCGGGGCGGCUGCUGGUCACCAUGCAGAGUCUGGUGGUGCCGUGGACUUCCACGCUCGGAUUUCUGGUCUCAGAAGCUGUACGGCAGGGAUGCUUAUGAGAAUGCUUUUUACAAUGCAGCAUGGACAUUAAUGCACCCUUGGAUGUACCCAACCAUGCAGAACUCCCAAGCCAAAUUACGUGGAGGAUGUGGAGUGUGGACAGUUUGAACAAGCACAUACGGGAGGUGGAAACCUGGCUCAGUUGGACACGCUUUACAAAGAAAGUGCAGCAGUAGAGCCUUGAAAAGGAUUUGUACUUGGAUUUGUACUUCCCACCUUCCGUCCUUGCCUGGUUUCGAGGUUUUCCACUGUUCAGCCUUUGGAUCUGACAGUGUGUGCUGGGUGGCUAUGGAUGUUCGAUGUUACAACAUUUCAUACGAGUGGAGAAAUGGACAGGAAGCAGCAUUCAGAGCUCCAGAUGGGGACUGAAGUCAGCAACACGUGGCUAUGAAACCCCAGGUGGUUGCUAAGGUGUUGCUAUGUUAUCCCAGGUAGCUGCUAAGAUGCUGCUCUGCUAGGCCAUUGCUGUGGAAUCCCAAGUGGUGGCAAAGCUGUUCCUAGGCUGUUGCUAUGGUAUCCCAGGUGAUUGCUAAGGUGUAAUGUAAUUAUAUUUGAGUAGUAUAGCAAAACAGUAAGGCCUGACUUUUAAGGGUUAAAAGAGAUCUAACCUAAUUAGUCAAAGGAGGAAGGAGAUAACCUAUAAAAACUACAGCCCAUGAGUCCCCUCACAUAAUACAGUAAAUACAGUAAAUACAGUAAGCAAACAGAUAACAUACUAACAAUUAUAACUGUACUGGGAUGUAUUCACCCACCUAUCAGACAUAUAUGGAUGAUCCAUAUAUUACGCAUAUAUGUCCAGUAUUUGAUAACUACAUAUAUGUACAUAUAUUUUGAAAUAUAUGCCAUUAAUCAUAUAUAUAUAUAUAUAUAUAUAUAUAUGAUUGUAUGGCCUUAUAUCAGAUGUACAAAUGGGGAAUGUCUCUAAGGCCAGAGAUUCAAGACUUCACCGGACUCAAACUGACCUGUGACCAUCUCUGCCAGACCGACAUGCUGCAGAUGGGCUGGCCAGAUGGAGUACUGCAACAACAAUUGUCUUUUCCAAGUAGGAGUGUGUCCACAGUAACAGCUGUGCAGCUGCCACAGUGCUAUCUCUGCCAUUUGUGAUCAGUCUUUAGGGCAGCGGUAUUCACUGCUCCCAGAGGUCCGGAGUCCAGUACAGUUUAGUGAUUUUUCUGCUUAAACAGACACACUGCCUGGGAAGUUUACAUAUGAUGACCACAUAAUUCAACUGUCCUAGACAAAGUCAUUCAGAGUGGUUUGAUGUGAAAGGGUUCACUGCAUAGAAACUCACUGACUUCUUUACAGUGGUGGUGACAGAACCAGGAGUCACAAUGUUUACAGUGCAAAUACAGCCGUUUCAUUUACAUUCCAAAAUGACUAGUGAACCGAGACGCAUCUUCCCGAGUUUUUAUAUGUAAUGUUAAUCAUGAUAAAAUGCUUAAAUAGUAAAUGGAAAAACAAAGCAAAACAUUUAUGUUGGGUUCUAUUUUGCCUUACAAUGCCAUGCAUGUACCCCUCCGCCAUGAGUGAAUUAAAAACAAGGUUUUAGGACAGAACUUUAAAACAGUGUCUGAAGCAUCAGGCAGCAUAUUCAUAACCAUUUCAUGUAAUAAAUAUGUGAGGGAGAAAGUUAUAUAUGCUCUUUGGGGCAUUAAACUCUCUAGAUGUCUGCAUCACUGAAAGAGAGGAAACCUACACCAACAGG